UUAUCUACCAUCUCAAAUUUUGACCUCUUAUCCUUAUCUGCCACUUGCUUCAUCCUUGCUCACUUUCCGCAGCGUCUCGAAUGAUCCUGACGGCGCUGACAUUUCGUGCCGCGAUGGUGACUCCUUAAUUACCAUCCCAAUUCUCUCCAGAAUCUCUCUUUGCUCAAUCUCGUCAACCCGUUGGGGGGCUCCACACACCCACAACCGCCAGCCAAGCCAUGGCGCAGUCGGCAAAGACAAUCCCGCUCGCCCGCUACCUCUUCAAGCGGCUGGCGCAGCAGGGCGUGCACGCGGUGCACGGGGUGCCGGGCGACCUCACACUCCGGGCGCUGGACCACGUGCCGUCAGCGGGGCUCCGGUGGGUCGGCGCCUGCGACGCGCUGGGGGCCGGGUACGCGGCGGACGGGUACGCGCGGGCGCGCGGCCUCGGCGCGCUGAUGACGAGCUACGGCGGCGGCGAGUUGUCUGCCGUCGCCGCCGUGGCGGGCAGCUUCGCCGAGGACGUCCCCGUGGUGCACGUCGUGGGGACGCCGGCGAGGCGCGUGCUGAAGAACAUGAGGUGGUACAUGCACAUGCAUGGCUCCCUGGGCGACCACCGCCUGGGCGUGUUCCGCGAGAUGGCCGAGAAGGUCACCGUCGCGCAGGUGCGGCUGGACGACGAGAAGACGGCCCCCGAGCUCGUCGACAAGGCCAUCCGCGAGUGCCUGACCUGGAGCAGGCCCGCCUACAUCGAGCUGCCCAGCGACAUGGUGAACGCGUCUGUUGACCCGGACAGGCUGCGCAAGUCCAUCGGCUCUACCAUCGUCCCCGCCGGCCCCCACGGCGUUCCCCGCUGGCAGGCCGCCAAGGGGUUACUCCAGAGGCUGUACAGCUCGAAGCAGCCGCUGAUCCUGGUGGACCGGGGCCAGGGUGUGUCCUCGCUGAGAGAGGAUAUCAACGAGUUCGUGCGCCAGACCGGCAUCCCCACCCUCUGCAUGCCGUCCGGGGCCGGCAUGAUCGACAACUCGCUGUCCAACUACUACGGCAUCCACUCGGGGCCGGCCGGCCAGAUCGACACCAUGCCGUACGUCGACUCGGCAGACUUCAUCAUCGCCUUCGGGCCCUUAUUCUCCGACGCCCAGACCCUAGGCUGGUCCACCCUCCCCGACUCGGCCAAGCUGGCCACGAUCGGCAGGAACUCGAUCGGGGCACAGCAGAUGGACGGCAAGGACGUCAUACGGCAGCUUCUCAAGCAGCUCGACCCCACGCAGAUUCCGUCCCGGAACGCCCACCUGCUAGGCAACUUCCGCGACGUCCCGCCGCCGGCGGUGCAGCCCGGCGACCCGAUCAGCCAGACGGGGCUGUACCUGCGUCUGGGGCGGUUCCUGCAGCGCGACGACGUGGUGGUCCUCGGGGGCGGCACGGCAUGCGUCGGGGGCCGCGACCUCGUGCUCCCGCGGGGGGCGCGGGUGAUGGCGUCGGGCAUGUGGUUCGGGGCCGGGCAGGCGCUGCCGGCGGCGCUGGGGGCGGCGCUGGGGCAGACGGCGGGGCGCACGAUGCUCGUCGUCGGCGACGGCGACUUCCAGGCCGCGGCCCCGGCGCUGAGCACCAUCAUCCGCGAGCGCCUGGCCGUGACCGUCUUCGUCGUCAACAACGGGGGCUACGGCGCCUCGAGGCUGACUCACCGCCAGGAGGCGCCGUACAACGACGUCGCCCCCUGGAAGUACCUCGAGGCCGCGCGCUUCUUCGGCGCUCCGGAUGACUACCCCGUCGAGACUUACCGGCUCGAGACUUGGCGUGAUAUGGACGGGCUGAUGGGCAGCGAGAGCUUCCACGACGGGAAGGGGCUCAAGUUGGUCGAGAUCGUGGUGGAUAAAUACGCUGCCCCUCCCAAUUUCCAGACCGUGUUCUCUCAGAUGAGACGGAAUCUAUAAUCUCGCCGGUAACAUGGCGCGUUUCCCACGCUUUCCACGGGACGUUUAGUCGUCACGU